AGAGGAUGAACGGUUGCCAUUCACACCUCCCCCAUGUGGUGCUUCGUCACAGCAGCCCGGGACACCACGCACUUCUCAUGAGGGGCUCGCGCCCUUGCCCUCCAUAGGUAAACAGGGUAUGGCCUUCUCUCCUGUGGCCCUAAAACUGUCUCCCCAUGUUUCAGAAUGGCUGACGUCCCCUUCCCGGCCACCCUGUCAGUGGCAGGAGCUCGGUUCUUUGUUGGUAGCCGGAGGAGAAGCAAAGGCCUGUUCACAGGCCUGGUGAGGCAGCUGGUCCUGCUGCCCGGCUCGGACGCCACCGCAAGGCUGUGUCCCAGCAGGAACGCCCCGCUGGCGGUGCUGGCCAUCCCCGGGGCUCUGCAGGCCCUGCCGGGGAAGCCGGAAGACAACGAGGUGCUGCAGUAUCCCUAUGAAACGGACCUGAAAGUGACGCUGGGGUCCCGGCCGCCAUGCACCAAGGUGGAGGACGCCCAGUUCUGGUUUGACGCCAGCAGGAAGGGGCUGUAUCUGUGUGUCGGCAACGAGUGGGUCUCCGUGUUAGCAGCCAGAGAGAGACUAGACUACGUGCAGCAGCACCAGGACCUGUUCACCAGCUCGGAGACCCUGGGCAUCGAGGUGUUCCGCAUCCCCGGGGUGGGGCUCUUCGCGGCCACGGCCAACCGGAAGGCCACGUCCGCCAUCUACAAGUGGACGGACGGCAAGUUCGCCUCCUUCCAGAGCCUCCGCACGCACCAGGCCCAGUCCUGGCGGCACUUCACCAUCGGCAGAAAGAUCUUCCUGGCUGUGGCCAACUUCGAGCCGAACGAGAAGGGCCAGGAGUUCUCCGUCAUCUACAAGUGGAGCCACAGGAAGCUGAAGUUCGCCCCGUACCAGAGGAUCGCCACCCACAGCGCCCGGGACUGGGAGGCCUUCGAGGUGCACGGGGAGCACUUCCUGGCGGUGGCCAACCACCGGGAAGGUGACAACCACAACAUCGACAGUGUCAUCUACAAGUGGAACCCGGCCACACGCCUCUUUGAGCCCAACCAGACCAUCCCCACGUCCGGCGCCUACGACUGGGAGUUCUUCAACGUGGGGCCCUACUCGUUCCUGGCGGUGGCCAACACCUUCAACGGCACGUCCACCCGUGUGCACUCGUGCCUCUACGUCUGGCUGCUGGGCUCCUUCCAGCUCUUCCAGUCCUUCCCGACGUUCGGCGCCGCGGACUGGGAGGUCUUCCACAUCGGGGAGAGGAUCUUCCUGGCCGUCGCCAACAGCCACAGCUACGACGUGCGGGUGCAGGUGCAGAACGACUCCUACACCAUCAACUCCGUCAUCUACGAGCUGAACGUGACCGCGCAGACCUUCGUCAAGUUCCAGGACAUCCCCACCUGCAGCGCGUUGGACUUGGGAGUUUUCUCGGUUGGAGAAGAAAUUACAUCCCUGUGGUUGCAGAACCCUUCGAGCGGACAAUCACCUUUUCCCAGAAAUGCGCAGAUAUGGAGGUGGCAGGGCUACGAGGGCUUCGUGGCGGUGCACAGCCUGCCCACCUUCGGCUGCAGGGACUGGGAGGCCUUCAACACCCCGGCCGGCUCCUACCUCAUCUACUCCAGCGCCAAGGAGCCCCUGUCCCGGGUGCUGCGGCUGAAGACGCGCUGAGGUUGCCCCGGGCUGCCGGGAACGGGGCAACAAGGCCGGGCAGGACCCCAGAGCUCCCUACUCGGGCGGCCUGGGACCUCCAGGCGGGCUGAGCCUGGGGCAGCCGGUGAGCAGCAGGCAGCAGCGGGGUCCAAGCAGGGCCGUCCGUGGCCCUUGUUCCAGCGGGGACGUCCGUCACCUCCACACCCUCUCCAGGUUGGGGUCACCUGCCCCAGGUUGUGCCAGAGCCCCAGGCCGGUGACCACCUGGCUGCCACAUCGGGUAGCUCUGCGUCCUGCAGGCUGCAGACAGAGCCUGCCAGCCCGGCCAGCCCGGCGUCCAGCAGGGAUCUCAGCCUAAGGGAAGAGUUUCCGUAAAGUUUUACCUCAAAACAGUGGGGCUCAGGUGCACGUCCCCGCAGCGUCAGCCUCGGCCCGGCUGGUCCCGUCGGGGCACAGGUGUGAGACGGCGUGUGCUGUGCGGGGCAGGCCACGGCCGCCUAUUUAUUGUGUCGUAUCCACACGGAAAUAUAUUUAUGUGCUCUUUGCAAAGC